UUUUUUAUUACUUUCAGUAACAACAACUCCACAUCCACCCUACCCCGGGCGUAGACUCCGGCCUUCGCUAUGAGGUCUCACCUUCCGCCUCUAUCCAAACCCACCUAUCCACAACCCGAUGACGACUCCGACCCAUUAACCCGACCGGCCGCCGCCUCCGUCCUCCCGACUGUCCGCAAGAAAGGAACCGGGGUUCGGCCCUGGCUCCUCCUUGACAAUACCGGCCAGGCCCAGGUUGUGGAGGCGGGUAAGCAUGCCAUCAUGCGCCGCACCGGCUUACCUGCUCGUGACCUGCGGAUUCUGGACCCACAACUUUCGUACCCAUCUACAAUUUUGGGUCGAGAGAGAGCGAUUGUCAUCAACUUGGAGCAUAUCAAGGCAAUAAUUACGGCCCAGGAAGUUCUUUUGCUGAAUUCCAAGGACCCCUCUGUUACACCUUUCGUUGAGGAAUUGAAGACGAGGUUGUUGGGUCAUUAUAACGCCACUAAAGCCCAGGAGUGCUAUGGUGAUGAUUCAAACUGGAAAAAUUUGUAUGAUCCUGAAGAGCCACAAUCAAGGGAAAAUCAUAAAAAUUUUCCAGGGGGCUUUCAGGAUCAAGAUGAGAGGGAUAAGGUAGAUGGGAAACCAGGGCUUGAAAAUCGAAAUGGACCAAAUGUUCUUCCAUUUGAAUUUGUUGCAUUGGAGGCAUGUCUUGAGGCUGCUUGCAGUUGCUUAGAAAAUGAAGCAAAAACACUGGAGCAAGAGGCUCAUCCAGCGUUGGAUAAGCUGACUUCAAAAAUCAGUACUCUCAAUUUAGAGCGUGUCCGCCAGCUUAAAAGUCGUUUGGUUGCAAUAACUGGCCGUGUUCAAAAGGUUAGGGAUGAAUUGGAACACUUGUUGGAUGAUGAUGAAGAUAUGGCUGAGAUGUAUCUAACAGAGAAGUUGGUUCAACACCUAGAAAAUUCUUCCACUACCUCUUUAAAUGAGAGAGAUGACAUGGAUGAUGAAUAUCUUCCAGUAGACUUGGAUGACAGAAUUCCUGCUGAAGUCUCAUUGGAGGCUCAUGGGCCUUCUACCAGUGGUGAAGGUGAUAUUCACAAUGCUGACAAUCCACAGGAUCAUCUGUUUAGUGCUCCUCAUGUGCUUAGCAGGGGCAGCCAUGGGACCCAUACCAGUACCACUCGAAGUGCUAUAAGCAAGCACCUUGAUGUAGAGGAGCUGGAAAUGCUGUUGGAGGCAUACUUUGUACAAAUUGAUGGUACACUGAACAAACUAUCAACGCUGAGGGAGUACGUUGAUGAUACAGAGGACUACAUCAAUAUAAUGCUGGACGACAAACAGAAUCAUCUCCUCCAAAUGGGGGUCAUGUUAACAACAGCAACCCUAGUAAUCAGCUGUUUUGUUGUUGUUGCUGGUGUUUUUGGCAUGAAUAUCAACAUUGAGUUGUUCAAUGAAGAGACGGAGGUUGGGAUGCAAAAGUUUUUAUGGACUGUUGGGGGCAGCUGUACUGGGAGCUUAUUCCUAUAUGUAAUUGCUAUUGCCUGGUGCAAGCACAAGCGAUUGCUGGAAUAACUGAGGGGCUUGCUUUCUAUGAGGAGGCAAUAAAUUUUAGUGGCUGCUGCAUGAUAUAUUGAAAUUGUGAAUAAAUUCUGACGCAACUUCCUAUGCAUAUGAUAUUCAUGGUGUUUGGAAGGGCACGUUUCAGUGGUAAAAGCUUGAGAUUUACUAUAAGAGAUCUCAAGUUUGAACAACUCCUUCCCCCUCUGCUCUCCCCACCACCCCCCCACCCACCCCAAACUUAAAAACCUAUUAUUCAUGUUGGAUUUCGAUAUUACUACAGAGGCUUUGAUUGUAAUAACUUUACCAUACAGCAAUAAAACAAAAAUGUUGAGUGAA